GUUAACCGACCCAUUUAUUGUUGUGAUUAGGAUUUAAAGGGCAGCAGCAGUGAGAAAAUUAUCCGCGAGCCCGAGAAUCUUCAAUUUGUGGAUUCUGCCGAGAAAGAAAAAAAAAAGUUUGAUAAUGGAAUGAUUGGUGUGUUUUAAAGAAAUCAGCGUUAGCUCAGUCCUUAUUCGAUAAGCUUUUUCUUAACUCUUUUUCUAGUUUUUAAAAUCGAAUUCAUCAUGUUUUGCAGAACAGCAUUUUCUCAGCUACAAAAAUUGAAGAUAUCCAAAUUAAAUGUGCACAAUGCAGAUAAACUGAUUCGAACAAGGUCGAAUGCAGCACUUAGUUCUGUUUUCGUGUCCCGGGAUUACAGUUCCCAUGUAAUACCGGAGAAUCUGCAGUACGUAGAGGAUGCUGAUAAUCCGUCAUUUUUUCACAUGGUUGAAUAUUUUUAUCAUAAAGGAUGGUCUGUGGUAGAAGACAAACUAGUGGAAGAGUUCAAAGGAAAAAUGACCCUCGACGAAAAAAGAGAAAAAGUGAGAGGCUAUCUGGGAAUUUUAGGUCCUUGCCAUUCUGUUUUAGAGGUGUGCUUCCCACUAAAGCGAGACAGCGGUAAAUAUGUGAUGAUAAAUGGAUGGAGAGCUCAACACAGUCAUCAUCGGACACCUUGUAAAGGAGGUAUUCGUUACAGUUUGGACGUCAGCUUGGAUGAAGUGAAGGCGCUGUCUGCUUUGAUGACAUUUAAAUGCGCUGUUGUGGACGUGCCAUUUGGUGGAGCUAAAGCUGGAUUGAAAAUUAACCCCAGGGAAUACAGUGAAUUCGAAUUAGAGAAAAUAACAAGGAAUUUCGCUCUUCAGUUGGCAAAAAAAGGAUUUUUAGGACCAGGUUUAGAUGUUCCUGCCCCUGACAUGGGUACCGGAGAGAGAGAAAUGAGUUGGAUUGCCGACACUUAUGCCCAGACUAUAGGUCAUACAGAUAUGAAUUCCCACGCUUGUAUAACUGGUAAACCAAUCAAUCAAGGCGGUAUACAUGGAAGAAUUUCUGCAACUGGAAGAGGUGUGUAUCACGGACUGCACAAUUUUGUGAAUGAGGCAAGCUAUAUGAGUAUGAUUGGAACAACACCUGGAUGGGGUGGAAAAACAUUCAUUGUUCAAGGCCUUGGUAAUGUAGGAUUGCAUGUGAUGCGAUAUCUACACAGAGCUGGCGGUCGAUGUAUUGGCGUCAUGGAAGUCGAUGGUAGUAUUCUUAAUCAAGAUGGAAUUGAUCCUCGUGAAUUAGAAGAUUGGAAACUUGCCCAUGGGACUAUCAAUGGUUUUCCAGGAGCAGAAGAGUACACCGGUGAAAGUCUCCUGUAUGAACCGUGUGAAAUUCUUAUACCUUCUGCCAUUGAAAAAGUCAUCACAAAGAGCAACGCUCAUAAAUUGCAGUGCAAAAUAAUUGCAGAGGCUGCUAAUGGACCUACAACUCCAGCGGCUGACAAAAUUCUGAUGGAUCGUAACAUUCUUGUCAUCCCUGACUUAUACAUUAAUGCAGGUGGUGUGACAGUCUCUUACUUUGAGUGGCUUAAAAAUCUCAACCACGUGAGUUACGGCAGACUUCUUUUCAAGUAUGAGAGGGACUCCAAUUACCAUUUGUUGGAGAGUGUUCAAGAGUCAUUGGAGAGGAGGUUUGGAAAAGCGGGGGGACGCAUCCCAAUUGUCCCCAGUGAAUCCUUUCAAAAGAAAAUAUCCGGUGCCUCAGAAAAGGACAUAGUGCAUUCAGGUCUCGAUUAUACCAUGGAGAGAUCUGCAAGGGCAAUCAUGCGAACAGCCAUGAAAUACAAUCUCGGCCUGGACCUCCGAACCGCCGCUUACGUCAACUCCAUCGAGAAGAUUUACGCCACCUACAGAGAAGCUGGAUUAACCUUUACCUAAGUAGUGUCCUUAUUAAACGCUGUGUUGAUUUUUUGUUUGAUUAUUUUUUAAAAAAGCAUUUUAGUAACAAAUUUAUUCUGUUGUCGUUGGUGUAUCCUUGCCAUUAAAAAGUUUUUACCAGUGUCUUA